AUGGCGUCGUGGACGCCAGGCAGCGGGAUACUCCAUUACAACGCCACCGCUGAAUCUUUGUCUUCCUCCCAAAAGUUGAGCUGCUCCACAAACGGCUCCAGCUGCAAUAUCAGCUCCCUGCACUGUGGGGAGAGCUACAAAGUCAGCGUGAACGGACAGGGACGGAACUGUGAGAGUCCUGCUCGCUACUGGUACACAGUCAAUACAGCACCCUGCCCUCCCACCCUCAAAACAGUCAAUUCGUCCUGUCAAUCAAACAACAUUACGGUGUCAUGGGAGGUCUCACAGGGCUCCGUGACAUACAUGGCUGUGGCCAAGGACUCAGAGGGCCACAAAAUGUCCUGUAACACCAGCACCACCACUUGCCAGAUAACUGGUCUCCUCUGUGGACAACAUUAUGAAGUUUAUGUUGUUGGCGUCAAUAAAAAUUGUGUCGGGUCCAAGAGCACCAGUCAGAUGAUUCAAACAGCUCCAUGUGUGCCACAGCAUGUGCACCACCACCUCGACUGUUCGUCCGGUGACCUCAACAUCACGUGGGAAUCGAGCGGUUAUGCCGUCUACUUCCACACCACCGUGCAGAGCACCAGCGCAGACAUUAAGACCUGCAAAACAGCAGAGCACCACUGUGUGAUACCCCGCAUGCAGUGUGGUCUGACCUACAAUGUCACAGUGCUGGCCCACGAUGGAGUUUGCAAUAGCUCCCGCAGUGCCACACUGCAGGUCACGACAGUCAGACUUGAGUUUGACAUCAUGCUCGUACUGACUGUCAUUUCCUCCUUCACUCACCUUCCCUCCCUCUCAGCUCCCUGCCCGCCCAUGUCCUUCCAGCCCACUGUGAACUGUCUCACUGGUGUUGUCAGUGUGACCUGGCAAGACAGAAUGGCGGGAGUCCUGUACAUGGUUUCAGCAGUGAACUCCAGUGGUCAAGUGCACAACUGCAGCAGCAGCACCGCGAACAGCUGUAAUCUCAGCACACUGGAGUGUGGCACAGAGUACAGCGUCACCAUCACACCAUCCAGAGAUGGUUGUGUGGGCAGAACCAGCCCACCCAAGACAUUCAAGUCAAGUCCUUGUGUACCCCACCUGACUGGUGUGGAGAUCGACUGUCUGACAAACUCAGCCUGGGUCAUGUGGGAGGAGUCUGCUCCGGCUGAAGGUUACGUUGUCCUGGCGACAAAAGACGGGCUGUCAUCAUCCAAUGCUACCUAUAGUUUUUAUUGUAACACCACAGAGGACAGGGUGUGUGAUCUGCCACCGCUGAAGUGUGGCGAGAACCUCACUUUCACUCUUCAGGCUCGUAACGGGUACUGCACCAGUGUGCCCAGUAACGCUGUCAAGACUGAAACUGCUCCUUGUCCUCCUGAGACCAUUGAGCAUGCAGUGGCUUGUGAAAAUGGCACAGUUGAGAUGUCCUGGUCAGCAAGUCCAGGCGCAGUGACGUACACAGCCACACUGGAGAAGUCCAAUGGGGACCACACUUGCUGCACCACAUCUGACACCAGCUGUAAACUCACCGACCUCCCGUGUGGAACCGCAUACGUUCUGCUUGUCAUAGCUGAGGGACGGACCUGCAACAGCACCCCGAGCUGGGGAAUCUUAGUCGAGACAGAGCCAUGUGUUCCAGAGGAACUCAAGGUCAGUCUGAGCUGCAUCACCAACGUGGCCUCCAUGUCGUGGAACUACAGCGCCCGAGGCCUGAAUUACCACGUGAUGGCUGUGAGCGAUAACGGCCACACGGACGAGUGCAGCUCCCCUUUUAACAGAUGUGACCUGAGAGGCUUGCAGUGUGGACGGUACUACAAUGCGACGGUGGUGGCAAAGGGCUUCAGAUGCACCACCAAACCCAGUGACAGUGUGUCCAUCAAGACUGUGCCAUGCACCCCGGCAAACUUCUCCUCUGUGACGGACUGUGAGGCCGGUUCUCUGGUUAUAUCCUGGAGAGAGAGCUCAGGAGCAGACUCUUACCUCGCCACAGUGCACGACAGCAUCGGUCUGUCCACGACGUGCCUGGCAACAACCCAAGGCUUCUGCAGCGUGCUGGGAAUCCACUGCGGCCAGAUCUACCACACCACUCUGGUGUCUUCUGACGGAUACUGCGACAGCCCACCUACACCUGUGAUGGACACACAUUCAGUCCCUUGUGUCCCAACUCAUAUCGCUGCCGGGAUGGACUGCAGUAUGAAGACAGCCAUUGUGAGCUGGUUCCGGAGUGAAGGAGCUUUGUCCUAUUUGGUCACAGCCACCGCGGCAUCAGGCCACACCGCCACCUGUAAGGUCAACACCACCCACUGUGAGCUGGUGGCGCUGCUCUGCGGGCAAAGCUACUCCAUCUCAGUAAUGGCGCUGGCAAUGAACUGCAGCAGCAUCGCUCACAUGUCAGGACAGCUGCUCACGGAGCCGUGCAUCCCUCAGUACAUCGUGACCCAGUACAGCGUGGGCAUCGGCCAGGUGAUGUGGGAUGCGAGUGCUGGUGCUCAAUAUUACACUGUGGAGGGCCAGACAUUACAGGGCCUGAUGACUUCAUGCAUGACCAACAAUACCAACUGUGCCUUGUACAACAUGGCCUGCGGCCAAAAGUACAUCAUCAACGUGACGGCAAACAACAACGUGUGCAAAGAUGUGUCUACCUCGUCUGAAUCAGUCGUUAUUGAGACAGAACCUUGCCCGCCCACUAAUGUGGAGACCAGUGUGGCGUGUCAGGGCAGCAUGGCGACUGUGUCAUGGGAGGGAAGUCAUGUGGCAGUGGGCUACAGCGUCAGUCUUUCUGGACGUGAUGGCCACUCACUGUCCUGCUACUCCACGGACACUUUUUGUACUGUGAAAGAUCUCCACUGUGGUACCAUCUACUAUACCAGCGUCGUCGCUGUUGGAAAGACGCUCAACAGCACCAGCUCCACCACUGUCUCAUUGACUUCAGCUCCCUGUGGUGUUGAAAAUGUGAAGGUGGAUGUGGACUGCAACAAUGACACAGCUCAUGUGUCUUGGAGCUCAGCCGAUGGAGCUAAUUCAUACUGGGUGACUGCCACUGGAUCUGCUGGACACUGGACUUUGUGUGACACAAACACAAACUCCUGUUAUUUGACAGACCUGCAGUGUGGUCAGACUUAUAAUGUCAGCCUCACCGUUAUCAGCAAGGACUGUCAAACUGAGAUGCACACCAACACCAGCUUCAGCACACGGCCUUGUCAACCUAUGCAUGUUGGAGUUGACCUGAAGUGUGGAUCAAGUACAGCUAACCUGUACUGGGAGGAAAAAGAAAUGGAGCUCUACGUGGCUACUGCCACCUACAGCACAGGAACAACACUGCAGUGUAACUCCACCAACUCCACCUGCCAGUUCAGUCACUUGGAGUGCGGAGAAACCUACACGUUCUCUGUCACUGCACACAGUGACACGUGUCAGAGUGCAGUCAGCAGUUCUGUGGAGAUUCAGACAGAGCCCUGCCAACCGCUUGGCAUCACAGUUAACGGGUCAUGUGACAGUGAGACGGUGUUUCUGGAUUGGAUGGAAGCAAAAGGUGCAAAAAUGUACGUGGUCUCAGCCAUUGGAAAUCUGGGCUACAUCACGGCUCUCCAAACCAAUGAUACGAUGGCAGAGCUCGAGUUGCCCUGUGGACAAAUUUUCACCUUCACGGUUAAAUCCCAAGAUGAUCAGUGUGACAGCCAUCUGAGCCUGCCCAAAGAUUUUAAAACAGGGCCCUGUGUACCGCAGCAUGUACGGCGCUACACACACUGUGAGGACAGCAAGGGCUCCGUCAGCUGGGCCGUGAGCGACGGGGCGGAGUACUAUUUGGCCUUUGCAGAGGCAGAGGAUGGACAUAUACACACCACCAUGUGCACCCCAGAACUUGAUCUCAUCUCUGAACUGCUCUACAAAGGUUAA